AUGCAUCCACUCUGGAGGUUCUUGAUCCUCCUACUGGGAUUGCUAGUCUUGCCCUCGGCCCUGCUCAAGGAGCCUUGGCCUGGACUGACCACAGCCCACAAGGAUGGAAGGUCUACCCUAGAAAGAAUUAUUGCACAGGGCCUCCUGAAGCACAACGCUGAAGGCCGGAUCCAGAGCAUAAGGCUCCUGGACCGCCUGAAUGUCUCGGGGAUGGCAGCCCCAGGGAUGGUGGGCUGGCUGAUUGGUGGCAUGAACUUCAAGCAGCAACAAGAGAUCAGCAUCAACAUCACCAAUGUGCAGCUGUACUGUGAUGGCAUCCAGAUGGCUUUCCCUAAAGAGUGGUUCUCCACAAACAUCACACUGGAAUUUGAUGUCGAAUUCCAACUGCCCUUCAAUUCAAAUAUCAUCAAAACGCAUGCCCGCAUGGGCCUUACUGCAGAGUCCUGGCUGGAGAAAGAUGAGUUUGGCCGGAGGGAACUGGUGAUGGGCAGAUGCCACAUGGAGCCCGGCAGUGAGGGUGCAUCCAUGUCCACUGAGGCAGUCCCACCCAAGAUGAAACAUUUUCUCCACAACCUCCGAGAAAGCCUGGGGAAAGUUAUCCCGAACCUAGUAGAAAGUCAGGUAUGUCCUCUGAUCGGUGACAUUCUCCGGCAGCUGGAUGUGAAGCUAUUGAAAGGCCUUGUGGAACAGGUGGCUGCUCGUAAUCUCGGUCAACUCUGA